ACAGUGUACUAUGUCAAGUAGUGUUAAGAACUUUACAGUGGGAUACAAUCCCCUAAACAAAAGCAACACUUUCAGUAGUGGUGAUUAUCUCAUGGGACAAGUUACAUUUGAAUUAACUAAUGAGUGCGAAGUACAGUCACUCUUUGUAAAGCUGAAGGGAAAAGCUCAAGUGUCAUGGACUGAAAAUCAUGGGAAAACUAUUGUGACUUACCAAAGCAAAGAGAAGUACUUCAGCAUUAAGCAGUUUGUCAUUCAGGAAUCUAUGGGCAAAAAUGUUCUUUCCCCUGGCUGCCAUGUCUACCCAUUCACCUUUCAGAUUCCAGUGCAAGACCUGCCGUCCUCCUUCAAGGGCUCAUGUGGAAAGAUUUUGUACACAGUCGAGGCAAAUCUGAACCGGUCGAUGAGAAUGGACAGCAAAGCAAAGGCAGAGUUUACCCUCAUCCAAAAGAGAAACACUGAUCCAGUGUUGAUGACCCCACAGCAAAAUAUGAUUGAUAAGAAAAUGAAGCUCUUCUCAAAGGGAUCUGUGGCCAUGGAUGUAAGCAUUGCAAAAACAGGCUUCUGCCAAGGAGAAGGCAUAAGGGUCGUGGCUUCAAUUCAGAACAAGUCCUCUCGUGACAUUAAGCCCAAGUACUGUCUGUACAGGAAAUACAGCUACUUUGCAAAUAAGAAAAGGAAAGUUGAAACAAAAGUCAUCCUGAAGGAGGAGGGUGAAGCCAUCCCACACUCUGCAGGUCAGACUGUCACCAGGAUCGUCACUGUACCUUCCACCGUGACCACAUCAGUCCUAAACUGCAACAUCGUCAAAGUAGAGUAUAGACUCCGGGUCUAUCUGGAUGUGAAGUAUGCUUCAGACCCAGAAGUCAAGUUCCACAUAGUCAUCCUGCCUGCUUUAGAGGGGUCUGAUAAUCAGCAGUCAUCUGACUUUUUGACGAGUGAAUUUGACCAAUUUCCAAAUCCUUACAUGUCAGGAGGGAUGAGCUUUCUACAAAAUCCAGCUGCCCCUGAACCUUCUGCUCCACCACCUUCCUAUGAGACAUAUGGGAUGUACCCCUCUUUCACAGGUUUAGAUAGAAAGCCCUAGAAUCUGUAGUGCAGAUCUAGUUUUUAUUGCUAUUUUUUUUAUAAUAGCGAUUAAUUAAGAGUAAGAAUAAGAGAAUAAGAGUAAGA